UAUAAACCAUCUGCGCUGUUUAAGUGGGCUCUAAUGGAGGAUGAAUGUGUAUGGGACAAUUAAUGGAUCACAGAAGCAUUACAGUAGCUCUGAAAAUCCUGCAGUUUAUACUUUGUAUAAAGGAAUCAUAAUCUUUAUUAGCUUAUACUUUAUAUCAUAACACAGUGGGUGUUAUUAUAUAUUAGCUUGAAUACACGCACACACACAAUACAUAUAAACCUAAAAGGAAUUACUGUACUGAUUUAAUACUGAAUACUUUUCUUCUUUAUAUGGUAACUUUUGUCAGCUGUAAAGAAAAAUGUUUUAUGGUUUUACCCUGUAACACCAAUAAUGUGUCCUUAUGGAAAAUUAAGCAUGGUUUUAUUGUAUUAUUAUUAUAGUAAAAGUGUAGUCUUUAAAUUUUUCUGGAAUAUUGAACAGUUUGAGUUCAGACAGAGAGUUCAGACGAAGACCUUUUAUGUGCACGCGCUGCUAAAGUUUCAUUACUAGUAAUGUAUUAUUAUAACUAAUUAUUUUUUAAUAUAUAUAUUAGGAAAACGCUUAAAGACAAACUAGUCCACCACAAAUAAUCAAAUUAUUCUAUGCCCUGGAAUAAAGUAGACGAUUAUAAUCAAAUUAGGAUCAAUUAAACGGUAGAUUGGAUUGUGCGUGCGUGUUUGCGCAUCACGUCCUCAGGCAGGCCAAGUGAUGUUGUGCGCAUGCGCACUGUAAAUCACCAAAGCUGUAAUAUCACCGAGCCUUGUUUUUCUAGUACGCAGCAGACGCUCAACAGAGAUAGAGAAAUGUAAUCAGAAUUCAUAAGGAUGUAAGAAUAAAAAUGUGCAUCUUUAUCCAACGUUAAAGCAUAAGAAACGGAAAAGAAAGGAGUGGGUGAUUAUUUCAUUAUGUCUGCCAAUAACAACAUGAUGUCCAAGAAGAUCCGGACAGAGUACAUGAAGAAGUACAGAGAUCCCAAGUGGGAGACGUUCUCGAAAAGUUACGAGGACUCUGUGAAAUACAGACUGACGCGGAGGGUGAUGGAGCAGACACACAGGCCGUUAUUCGCGGACGAAUGGGACAGCGGGUCCGACUCGAGCGGAAGCUCCAGUCCCAAACUUCAGGAGGGGUACGUCUCAAAUGCCAAACACUACACAUCCUCCUCAGAGUCCAGGAAGGAGAACGCAGAGGUCCUGGACUCCUGGAAGCCACAGGUGAAUGGAGAAGUUCACACGGAUACGAGUGCAACCGUGGAAAGCUCUCUUCCCUUGGAGAAUGGUUAUAAAGAUGUGACUCCUAACGGACCAUCAGAAUCAAAUCCAAAACGACGACAGAUACGCAGAGUGCCCCGAUCAGAGCCCUGCUACCCUGAUAAGCAGCUGGAUAGUGAUGGAUCUCAAAUAUCUGUAUCGAGAAAACCAUCCAGGGCCAAGAGCCAGCCACCGAGGAGCACCAAGGAGCGGACGUCCAACCGUGAGAACAGACAGUCUUUUAUCCAUCGUGACUGGGCAGAGAGACACAUUGAGACCAGGGACAGAAGGACACCAAAUAUGAGAGUGUCUGUGUCCGCUGGAGAGAUCCAUCGGGCCGACGUGGGCGUCCAGACACGCAGAGAGGGUAAGAAAGGUGGACGAUCAUCAGAGCACCGGCGGGCGAGGUCAGCUGACCCGGAGAAGUCCCGAAGAUCAGCGCUGAGUGUGACGAACGAGCGCUGGAUGACCGAGUACAUGCGCUGCUUCUCUGCUCGACUGAGGUAGAUCAAGAUCCCAAACCAGCUCUACAGGACCGUCACAGAGAGCACCGGACAAAAACUGAAUACAAAGAUAACACGCACUCCUUUAAAUUCGAUAGCAAAUGCAGUUAUUCAUAAAAAUAUUUUUAAACAUCUUAUUUUUUUGACGCUGGCUACAAUCACUUUGCAAUGAAUGCAUUUAAGGACCAAACAUUUAAAUAUUAGACCAAAACACCUUUGCUAUCACAAAUACUUUAAUAUUUUCAGUAUCUUGGAAUUUCAUGCUCAUGUUAUUGUCAGUGUUUGGUGGUUAUUAGAAAGUUUCAGAUAUUCUGGUCUGACUUUUAACAUGGGCUGCAGGGAUUUAAUGAUCAAAACUAAUUUCUGAGAGGACCACACAUUUCUUAUUAAAAAGGAUUUGUUUCUGAGUCGGAUGAUUGUUUCCAGAAUGUUCUUCUAGACGCUCCAGGCUGCCUGUCAUUAAACUCUUCUGAAUGUGAUCGACUGAUGUCUGGUUUGUUUUAAUCGAUCACACGCUCAAUGAAUCUGUGUUAGAAGUGCAGUGCUGUUCAAGUCGUGAAAUGUUUACUAAAAAAGUGUAUUUUCCUCACCGAGCACCUACAAUCAUCAUUUGAAUCCACUUUUUGCACAAAGAUGUCAAGUUAAUAAUAUUUUUAGAUGGAGAAAUGAUUGAGGGCUAGUUGAAGGCCAUCAUUUGAUUCUUGUGAAUGUGAUCAUUUAUUAUGCGUUGAGUAAUUUAUUAGAGCACAGAUUUGGUAUGAAAAUACACAUUUGCUCACAUGUACAGUAUAUUUUUUGCUUUUCUGUGAUAUUUAAGAUGCAUCAGCACUGAUGAUGUCAGAGACACAUUGAAUGAGCCGUGACGCUUUACUCGGGGGACAUUUCCUCUGCUCUUUAUCUUAAUAACUGGACUUAUUUAUUAAUUCAGUCAGUUAUUCACUUGCUUAUGAUUUCAUUAAAGGAAACUCAUUCUGUUUAAGGCUGCUGACGCUGAUGUUCUUGAAUGAAGUUGUUGAUUUUCUUCAGCAAUGUUUACAUUUUGAACUCUGUAUUUGUACAUGAGAACAUGCACUGGUGGAUAUAUUUUCAUCUGCAGAACAGAAAUAAUCCUUAUGCAUUGCAGUGAAUAAACUAUGUUUGAGUAACAGCAUUUCUCUUCCAUA